UCGAAUGUAGCGGUGAAGAACAUCGCGGAGAAAUUGGCGGACGUGGGGUUUCUGGCUUUCCGGCUCCUCGUAUCACACGAGUUUCAUUUCGAUUGGCAUGAACAUCUAUAUGAGCAGAUCAUCCCGAACGUCGUCCGCUCGGACGAGUUUCCUGGGACCAAGCUGGAAGCCGAGAGGCUAAUGGGCGGCGCGAAGGUCAUUCUCUGCACGAUUAGUAUGCUCUCCAACCCAAAGCUACCGGUCUUUACUGGAGUGGUUCCUGUCGAGGCGGCCAUAGUCGAUGAAGCUAGCCAGAUCGAAAUUGGAUGUUAUCUCCCUCUUAUUCACCACUUCCAGUCCACUCUGGCGAAGCUUGUGCUCAUCGGGGAUGAUAAGCAGCACUACAUCUCUGCAGAGAUCUACGGUGGCAAACUCAACUCCAAUCCUAAACACUGUGUACCAAGGACAACUCCAUCCUGCUUUUUCAUUGAUAUUCCUGAGGGAAAGGAGCAGAAAGAUGGGAAGUCAUGGGUAAACAUCAAGCAAGCGGAGGCUGUAGCAUCAUUAGCUCAGAUUCUGCAAGUGGCAGAGGUUUCUUUUAAGAUCAUCACUCCAUAUGAUGCGCAGCGCAACCUUCUAGAGAAGACCCUAAGGGAUAAUGGCCUUGGCUGGGAAAACAAGUGCUUUAAUGUUGACUCUUUCCAAGGAAAUGAGGAUGACUACAUCAUCAUCUCACUUGUCCGCUCGAAAGAGCCUGGCUUCCUUGACAACCUACGGCGUACCAAUGUCAUGCUCACACGGUGCAAGCGUGGAAUGUUCAUCUGUGCCAACAAGAAGUUCUUGAUUGAAGGGAAAGGAAAGAAUACCUUGGUUGGGAAGAUGGCGGCAGAGUGGGGAGAGAAGGGAUGGGUGGAAAUAAAGGAUGUAGAGGACGGGAAG